AUGUCCCUUCUUGUGAUCUCACGAAGAUCCACCGACUUAAACCUAAAAGUUGAAUUACAAGAAUCACCAGACCAGACGAGCUGCAACGUUGCAUAUGGUGACAAGAACCAAAUUCGCUUGCCUCCCUUUGAGAAAUUGAGACUUCCCGAUUGGAGCUACAGGGGAGUCGUAGAAAAGGGGAACGCAAUCCCCGAUGGGUUUUUUCCUGCAAUGACUGAUCUAACAGUUUCCAUCGCUGCAUAG